AUGCUCCCAGCCCUCCCAUCAUUUCUUCUCCUCUCUAUCUGCUCCCCUGUGAUAGCCCGUCUGCAUCACUCGCUUGUUCCAGAAGACCCAUACGCCUUCCCCAAAUUUCGCGUCGUCUUCCUCAACGGUCUCCCCGUCCUAAACGAUACCGCCGAGCGGUGGCUGAACGACGGUCUUCGCGGCGGAGAACCCGAGUUUCUCGACCAGACAUGGAGGGACCCGCAAUGGCAGGCCUCCCAGUUCAAAAGCAUUGAGGGUGCUGAAGAUACGAAGUCCCCAUCGGCUCCAGCUCCUCCUCGUGCCUCAGAUUUCACACUGCAGCAUCUGAGAUUGGGUGCACUCGCUUCUUACUUGUGCUUAAUCCCCCCACCGCCAGAAGAGAAUUUCUCAAUCCCUGACGAGCCGCAGACGGACGUCACACCGGUGCACAGCUGGUCGCUGCUACAGCCUCUGGCUGGGACAUGUCUAUUCCAUAAGCAAGGGUGGUUUACGUAUUCCUACUGCCAUAAUCUACAUGUCCGCCAGUUCCAUGAAUUGCCGCAUCAAAAUCGUGUAGGUGGUGAAUACCAGCCUGAAGAGGACAAUGAGUGGGAAUCAUAUACUCUGGGCAAGGCCCCUCCCAGCCUGGAAGGAGGAGCUGACCUAACAGUCGCUGAACAGGCUGCCGUAGCAGCGAAUGUAGAGCUCGCCCGCGGCGCGGGUUCACGAUACCUGGUGCAGCGCUGGGGAGACGGCAGCUACUGCGAGAAGACCGGCAGACGUCGGGAAAUUGAAGUUCAGUUCCACUGCUCGAUGACCAUGCCAGACACGAUACUUUUCGUGAAGGAGACACAGACAUGCCAUUACGUCCUGCACAUCGCCACGCCGCGCUUGUGCGGCGAGCCUGGGUUCAAGUCGCGCCACGAUGCCCGCGAGGAGGCAUAUAUCCGCUGCCGGGAGGUGGUCGACGCGGAGGAAUACGCGAGUAUCGACAAGACCGUGCCCCCCGCAGACCACCCGACCAAGAAGCCAAAGCACCGCAAGCAAAUUGUGGCGCCCCCACCACCCCAUGCGGGUGCGGGCGUGGGGCAUGGUUCCAUGGGUCACAACGAUGUUUUCCGGCGCGCGCUGGAGCACAUCCUGACGCGCGGCGAUUUGAAGAGCGGGGACCCGCAGGUGGUCGUCGAGCAGCCGGACGACGGAGAGAUGGAGCUGUUCAUCGAGUUCAUUGAUAACGACUUGAACGGCAACGGCGAUGGCCAUGGCGACGGCGAUACAUUCACUCUCAGCGGAGAUGCAUUGGCGGACGUACUUCGCGCGGCGGGAUAUGAUAUUAAGGGUGAAAAAGACGGCGGUUCUGCGAAGAGGAAGACCGCAGCGAAGGUCGAGGACGCAGAGGAAGCCACGGAGAGUAGAACGACGCAGCGCCGAGACGAACUCUGA